AUGGCCGCCAUUGCGAUGACCGCGCAGCCCCUGCGCAUCCUUCCCCAGAUCUCCGCGCCAGCCUUCUCCAGGUCUGCAAGGAUAUUCUCUCUCUACACCCGCCAGCUCGUCCAGCCCAUGUUCCCGACGCUCGCCGCCCUCCCCGCAAUCAACCUCAACAUCCCCGCAUGGCUCGGCGGCAUCUGGGAGUCCGUACUCCGGGCAGUACCGAAGAAGAAGACGUCUCACUCCAAGAAGAGGCACAGGCAGAUGGCUGGAAAGGCGCUGCAGGAUGUGAAGUCUUUGUGCAAGUGUCCUGGAUGUGGCCAGGUCAAGAGGCAGCACGUCUUAUGCCCCACCUGUACGAAAUCGAUCCAAAACCAGUGGAAGGACUUUGAAGCGGGAAAGUACUUCUAA